GACUGUUGAGACUUGGGGGAGGCAUGCCAGGACUUGGGCAGGGCCCGCCUACAGAUGCUCCUGCCGUGGACACAGCAGAGCAGGUGUACAUCUCCUCACUGGCUUUGCUGAAGAUGCUGAAACAUGGUCGAGCUGGUGUACCAAUGGAAGUUAUGGGACUGAUGCUGGGAGAAUUUGUUGAUGAUUACACAGUUAGGGUUAUUGAUGUAUUUGCUAUGCCUCAGUCUGGAACCGGUGUUAGUGUGGAGGCAGUCGAUCCAGUGUUUCAGGCAAAAAUGUUGGACAUGUUAAAACAGACUGGAAGGCCCGAGAUGGUUGUUGGUUGGUAUCACAGUCACCCUGGUUUUGGUUGCUGGCUGUCCGGUGUUGACAUAAAUACCCAGCAGAGCUUUGAAGCCCUCUCUGAAAGAGCUGUAGCUGUAGUAGUGGAUCCUAUUCAGAGCGUUAAGGGAAAGGUAGUCAUUGAUGCCUUCCGAUUGAUCAAUGCCAACAUGAUGGUCUUGGGACAUGAACCAAGACAAACAACUUCAAAUCUUGGUCACCUAAACAAACCAUCCAUACAGGCUCUCAUUCAUGGUCUUAAUCGGCAUUACUAUUCAAUUACCAUAAACUACAGGAAAAAUGAACUAGAACAAAAGAUGUUGUUGAACUUGCAUAAGAAGAGUUGGAUGGAAGGCUUGACACUUCAAGACUACAGUGAACACUGCAAACUCAAUGAGACCGUUGUGAAAGAAAUGUUGGAGCUUGCAAAGAAUUACAAUAAGGCUGUAGAUGACGAAGACAAGAUGACCCCAGAGCAGCUUGCUAUCAAAAAUGUUGGGAAACAGGAUCCCAAGCGUCAUUUGGAAGAACAUGUGGACGUUUUGAUGACUUCAAAUAUUGUUCAGUGUUUAGCGGCUAUGUUGGACACAGUUGUAUUUAAAUAAUGAACUGACUGUAUUUAUGCUUCAUUGAUUACUUACAAAAAAACAUUAAGCUUGUGAAAAGAAAUCAAGAAAAAAAUGUGCCCAAAGCUGGUUUUAUCUAGUUUAACCAAGCUUUGAUGCUAGAAUACCAAUCCAUGUGUUUCUUUUUACUGCCUUCAUCUUUGUUAAUAAGAUCAGUUUGAUACCUAAUAGGAGUGUGUAUUUACAUCACAAAAUGCAGUUGCAAACUUGCUUUCAGGUGCUGCAAAGACAUCUAGUAACGUGAACUGUUGCUUGAAAUAGAAGACAUCUGGCAUCUUUUACAGUCAAGGGGCAGCAAUAUAACACCUUUCAGUCUCUGCAAUUACUUCUGUUCUUUGAUGGCACAGUCUUUACAGAUUGCAAGUAGUUUGAAAAUACACCAGGGCAAAUUUUAUUGUUUCUAUUUGUUAUUUCCAACAUGAAAAAAAAAAAAAUAAGUAUACAAAUGUAUUUUGUGCUGCUUCAUAAUAAAAUACAUUUACACCUA